AUGGUUUUUGCACUCGAGAGCCUCAGCCGCGCCCAGGUCCUUGGACUAGCGGCAGCCCUCUGUCUGCUUGGCUACAUUGUUGCAACUGAGCUCAGGUAUCGCCACCUCUGGGGCUUCCCCGGCCCCAUCCUCGCGAGAUACACAAAUGCCUAUCGUGCAUAUCUGGCCUGGAAAUACGCCAAACGCCCCGGCGGCAUCGCCUACCACGAGUACCUUCACAACAAGUACGGCACCACGGUGCGCGUGGGGCCCAACAUAGUCUACACUGACGACCCCGGUGCCAUUCCGCUGGUGUUGGGAUUCAAAGACCGACUGAUGAAGACGGAUCACGUCAAUGCGCUGCAGGUGCCCGGUCAGCCAGCAAACAUCGGGGGCAUUCGGGACGAAAAAGAACACAACCGAAAUCGAAGCGCAAUCGAGGUCGUCUACUCGCUGUCCAGCCUGAAGGGAUAUGAGCCGCUGGUGGACGAGACGAUCGUAGAGUUGACGAGGGUGUUUGAAGCCAAGGCCCGGGCAGGAGAGGUCGUAAACAUUUCUGAAUGGUGCCAUUACUAUGCCUACGACUCCAUCACAAAUGUCACCUACGGAGAGCCGAGCGGGUUCAUCCGCAACGGAAAGGACAUGUUCGACCUGAUUUCCAGCCAGCUUAAACACAUAGCCUAUGUCCGGGUGGCAACCCAGUGGCCUUUUCUGGAUUAUGUCUUACGCACCAACCCCAUCGCAUUGGCCCUGAACAAGCAGAAAAAGAGCAGAGCGAGCGCGUUUUUCCAAUACUCGGCCGAGCGAGUCAACGCCGAGAUGGCCAACGAGAAAAGAGCGGCCGUGACCCGGAACACAAUGCUGCAUCACCUCCUAGACGCCAAGGCCAAGCACCCAGACGUCCUGGACGACGUCAAGGUGCAGAUGUUCUGUACCGUCAACCUCCUGGCCGGGACCCUCAGCCCGUCGUUCGCCGUCGACUUCAUCAUGAGAUGGCUGGCGCAGCACCCAGAGAACCAGGAGCGCCUCUACCGCGAGAUCAAGGAGCACUCGACCGCCUACCCGGUGCCCCUGGAUGACACCUUCAAGAUGCCGUACCUGCAAGGUCUCGUGCGCGAGGGGUAUCGGCUCAGCUACGCCAGCGACAUCGGCAUGGAGAGGGUGGCCGGACCAAAGGGCAUCCCGCUGCGCGACGGGCGGAUGCUCUCGCCUGGCUACGGCAUCGGCCUGAGCCACCCAGCCAUCCAAAAAGACGAGACCGUCUUUGGCGACCAGCCGCAGAUCUGCCGACCGGAUCGUUGGAUGCAAGGCCCCGGCGAGUCUCUGGCCGAUUUCAAGGCACGCAAGGGAUACAUGGACAGGACGGACUUGACCUUUAGCAAGGGCAGUCGAAACUGCAUUGGCAAGGGCUACACGCAGAUGGAGGUGGCCAAGGUGGUGGCCUCUGUCGCGGUCAAGUUUCAGCUCCACCUUGUCGGCGAAGCACACAUUCGCAAUGUGCGUGUUCGUCUCGUCAUGCGAGAAUAG